AUGUCCGAUAUGUUUGAAGUUACUAUACUUGGGGCUUCUGGAGGUCCAGUCGAUGGUAAUACCCAGAGUUUUAUGAUUAGACCUGCGAGAGCAAGAGAUUUGAAUGCUGUUUGUAUUGAUGGUGGGGCUGGGUUGGGUCAGAUUGUCAAAUGUGUGCUGAACAACGUUGGUGGAGAAGAAAGUUUGAAACGAGAUGAGAUGAGGGUUGAAAGUUUUUAUGAAAAUGAUUUUGAGUCUAUAGAUUUAUAUGUUGAUGAAGAUUUGACUAUUGAGGCAGGUUUCUCAAGGGGUAUUUACGAUUUAAGCAGUGCUGGGAGAUCUAAUACGAUUCAAAAAGCAGGUGCUUUGUUCCAUGGCAUAGGAGAAUAUUAUAUUACACAUGCUCAUUUAGACCAUAUUUCAGGUGCAAUUAUUAAUUCACCAUUGGCUUACGGUACGUCUGAGGACAUUUCAAAUGAUAAAGUCUUUCUAGGUUUGGAUUUCACAAUGGAGGCAUUAAAGAAACACAUAUUCAAUGAUAUAAUUUGGCCUAACCUUGUUCGUGAUGGUACGAAUACAAUAAACUUAAAGAGUAUUGCAGAAAGGCAAGGUUAUAGGUCAAACACAAUACCAGAUUGGCAGAUAUAUCCCUUUAAAGUGCACCAUGGAAACAAGAUUAAUUCUGAUACUGAAGAAAGUGUUUUAAGUACGGUUUACCUUGUAAGCGACACAGUUUCUGGUAAAUGUUUAGUGGUCUGUGGUGAUUUGGAGUAUCGUAUUGCUCCCGGUGGAGAUUGUGUUCCAAGUGAAAUAGCUAGAUUUUUGGUUGAUAAUGUGCCGCCUGAGAAACUUUCAGGAAUAUUUGUGGAGUGUUCAAAUACUUCAUCGAUUGAAAGUGAUAAACUUUAUGGACACCUAUCACCUAUUAGGUUGAUUAAAAUGGCUAAAAAAUUGGAAUCGUAUUAUUCUGAUCGUUACAAAGAUUUCGAUUCUUUGAAAUUAAAUAUAAUUAUUACUCAUGUUAAAAAAAUUUAUGCUGAAGUUGAUCCAAGGUUACAAAUCCUAGAAGAAUUAAAGCACCAUGCAUCAAAAGUCGGACUAACUAAUGUUCGUUUUUCUAUGGCUGUCGAAGGCUAUACAUAUUUUUUGUAA